GUCAGCAGACACAUGUGUAAGUCGAUUUUAGUCAAACAGAUGUCGGAAUAUUUCGUCUAAUGAGGACAUUUCCUGUUGCUGUCUUACCUGUGCAGCCAGGUGAGCUGACUAGACACCUGUGAGCAAGUAACACCCCCACUAUGGUGGAUUACAGUGUUCCUGAUGUACCAGAAACCCUAGUUACAAAGAGAGGUCCUUCUAAAAUGGAGGAACUGGCUCUCAUAGCCUUGCUGGAAUGUCCUCUGUGUUUGGAGCAGCUAGAUGUGUCAGCCAAGGUCCUGCCCUGCCAGCACACUUUCUGUAUGUCCUGUCUGCAGAAGCAGGAGGCAGCCCACCCCCAGCUGCUCUGCCCAGAGUGUCGCACCCCUGUCCCAGCCAGGACGGUGGAGGAGCUCCCUGCAAAUAUUCUGCUAGUGCGGCUACUGGAGGGGCUCCAGGUGUCCACAGGGCCCUUUGCCAGAGGCAGCUCAUCAGUCAGGGAGGGUCAGCAGCAGCAAGAGAGUCAACACAGAGAGCAACAUGGACAAAAUGAGGUUGCUGUGCGAGCUUCAGGGCGUUACCAACGAGAAGACUCACCAGUGUUCAUGCCUGGUAACAAUAUCACCAUGAAAUACAAGGUGGAUGAGGACUGGCGUGAUGGAAGCAUCGGUGACAGUAGCAGCACAUCUGCUUCUGCCAGCAUGCCACAGGCCGUCAGCCAGAUGCCUCAGCUACAGCCCCUCCAGCAGUCCCAACCACUGGCUCUCCGCAGAGCGCUGUAUGACUUUAAUCCUGAAGAGAUGAAUCUGGGAGACAGUAAAUAUUGUCUCAGCUUCCUGAAGGGAGACAUCCUUACUGUCAUCAGACGGGUGGAUGAACACUGGAUUGAAGCCAAGCUAGGGGACAAAGUUGGAAUUUGCCCUCUGCAGUUUACUGAGCCAAACUCAGUGACUGCCAAACUGCUAGAGGGAAAGAGUCGGAGGUGGAGUGACUCAGCAGAAUUUCACAAUCGGACCGGGAGUGGGGGCAGAGACAAGGCCACUGACGCAUCCAACAGGACCACCCAUUACCGAGCCCCUCAAGUUCCAGCACAGACACCCAUCAUCAAUGCUUUGCCUCUCUCCAACCAGUGGAAACAGCCCGGAGCCAGCAGCACCAACUUUCAUCAGACGAUCAAAAGAGAGUCGACCAACAUCAGCACCUUCAACCAUCAGGGUCAGACACACCGUCUCUCUUUGCCCUCUGCCACCCGGGGACACGCUCACCACUCCAGAGUGAACUAUCAGCGAAUUAGACGCCACUCUGACAACACAGACAGACACCUGUUACAGAAGAUGACCAGUGAGACUCCACCUAACAUCUCUAUGGCUCUGUUGAACCCCCAAAUGUCCUCUGUCCCUGCAGACGGCAGGAACUCCUCCACACAGCAGCUCUCAAUCAGUGUGUGUGCUGUCCUGUACUCCUAUAAGCCACGACGCCCAGAGGAGCUGGAGCUGAGGAAAGGCGAGAUGGUGGGAGUGUAUGGCAAGUUCAAAGAAGGUUGGCUGCGUGGGUUAUCGCUCAGAACGGGCAAAGUAGGCGUUCUGCCCAGCAACUACGUCACUCCUGUGCUCAGAACAUCAGCCAGACUUCUGGAGACCAAAGCAGCUAAUGCGUCCUUACAGUACAACACGGUCUCUGGAAAGAAAUCCACAGCUGCCAAGACUCCUGCUGUGGUCCUUGCUCUUGAUAGGGUAAACAGUGAUGGAGCGAUAUACUCAACAGGACAGGUGACAUCUGUGCCAAAUGGAGCACAGCAUGCAAUGACAUCCACUGGUGCUGGAAAAUCGACCUUCUAUGGGGGUUCGCAAGGCUGGGACACUGUGAGGCGCAUCUUUAACCCACAUAGAGGCUCAAAUCCGACCUGCCAUUCUUCAAAUUUGAAUGUCCCGUCUACCUUUGCACAAGUUCAGGCGUCCGGCUACUCACCUGCCCUACAGAGGAAGAAAAAAAGCAGCAUCCUGUCCAACUCUGGUAGACCAAUGCACUUGAUGACUGAACAAGCAGCGCCCUCUGCUGCCUCAGUCCUGAAGGACAGGAAUUUUAUCACUUCUCAUGAGGCAGCAUUCCACCAUGACAGACAGCCCUCUAACGGCCCUCACUCAAUUCUAGUGAGACCUGACUCACAUAAGAACAAUACAAAUAAGACUGCAAAAUCAGUGCGGUUCCUCACAGAUGAAGACUCCCCUCCUCCAAGACUUCGGACCUCCUCCUGGUCCUCGGGAAGUCAGGUUCCCACUAACAGUCGCCAUGGUCCCCCUCCGCUGGAAGUGUGGGCCCCAUCACUCACCCUGGGAAGAGACGGACCAGGAAUCAUUCUCAAAGAAGGAAAAGCUCCUAUUCUUAGGAGAGGCCUUGAAACAGCCGUCACAGAUCUGAAUUCUAACCCUCCAAAACCAGUAUCAGCCCAGCCGUCACUAUCAGCCAUGUCAGCUCAGUUCAGCCCCAGCAGACACAGAGUGACCAAAACACAUUUAGCCCAGACAGACUCUGAACUCAGUCUGCUCCAAGGAGAGUUCGUCCUCGUCCACAGACCUCGACCUGACGGACGGGUUCUGGUUACUCAGGAGAACAGUGGCCACACAGGCUUAUUUCACAGUAGUGUUUUCCAUGCCCUGGAGAAGCUCAGCUGACUGUGUAGUGUUACUGUAGGAGUAUAACUCUAUUUUCCCUGUGUUAAAACUGCCAAAUGACUUGACUGACCUGUUCGACAACAUGAUGUGUGUUGAGGUCCAAAAGUUAAUACUGCCAAAUGACAAUCCUAUGAAGAAAGUGUUUAUUUUUGUCCUGAGUGCAUGUGGGAGUGUGAUUAAAUCUCCAGAGAUAUAUUUUGCGUCCUUCAAUGUAUGUGCAUGUAUGUUACACAUGUACGAUGAUAAGAUUUUGCACAAAAACCCACCUAAUGGCUGUUCCCUGUUUAAACCCAUGUUACACGCAUUGGUGAGUGCCUUUGUCAAAACCCACAAAGAAAACAAACUAUAUUUAGAGAAAUAAUAAGGUAAAAUAU